UGCCAAGACGCAUAGCAAGCUGCAGUACAACCCAAACACGUGCAUCGUCCAUCUCCUCCCUCCCCAGAGCCAUUGGAUGCUCAUCGUCGUGUCGGACAAGCAUCUCCCCGUCCUCCUACCAUGGCCUCCUCCACCACCAACCCCUCCGACACCACCCCGCUCCUCCAAUCGAGAUCACAAGCCUCUCCCAUCGCAACCAAAGCAUCCCGCAGUGUUACCUUCAACCCCCAAGUCUCCUCCGCCAGCCCUCCCAAACGUCGCUCGCAAUUCCCCGUGCAGCCGCAAACCUCGUCCACCGCGGCCUUCGCCUCCGCCGCCUCCUCGCGAGAUGGCCCGCAGCCCAUCCUGGCCUCGCUGAACAGCAAGCUCCGAAGACGGAACAGCUCGGGUGCCGCGCUGCAACUCCCCCCACAACAGCCCAUCAACAAGAUCGGGCCGCAGCGCACGACGCGCACGGCGCAGAAGUUGAAGCUCCUUCCCAACCCCGAGCAGGGUGAAGUGCCUGAUGAGGAGAGCGGGCGCGACGUGUACAGCCAGUUUACUCGCAUCACCGAUCCCACUGCCCGAAGGGAUGCCGCGAGGCUGGGCAAGGAUGACCGGGCGAAGCUGCCGCGCGUCACGGCGUAUUGCACCGCCAGCUCGUACCGCAUUGAUGAUCUCAUGCGCUUCUUGAAAGGCCGGACGAAGACGAAAGGAACGGCGCCCAAGAUCUUCGAUGAAUGCAUAUACACCCCCUACACGUACAAAAAGGAUGCCCUUGGAGACCGACGAAGAGGGAGCGGUCACUCGGAAGAGCCUGGUCGAGUGCUCUCCCAGCCCGCGAGACGCUUUUCAGACAGCGCGAUUGAGGUAGACGACAAUCAGGAGAGAAGGCGGGAUGACCUCAUCAACCUCACCACCGACAUCGAGACCUCUGCCGGCGACACCACGCUCGAAACAGGACAGCCGAACAACCCGCUGCACGAGGUAGAUGCCGAGGCCAUCGACACCACUUCCAGCAUCGAACCGCGACCCAUCACCCCCGACUUCGACACCGAUGUCCACAUUCCCGAGGUGUUUCUGUUUGAGUACGGCGUGGUGGUCAUUUGGGGCAUGACGAUGAAAGAAGAGCAGCGCUUCCUGAAAGAGAUUGCCAAGUUUGAGCAGGAGAAGCUGGACAAGGACGAUAUUCAGACGGAAGAGUUCAAUUUCUACUACACUCGCGAGUACCAGGCGCGGAUUUACAAUGACUUUAUUUCCUUGCGGGAGAAGAGGAAUUACAUGACCAAGCUUGCCAUCAGUCAUGCUCUUGCGCAGAGUACAAAGACCUCCCUCUACGAAGACCUCCUCGACGCCACCAUCAGCACAACGCAAUCCAUCCCCUCCACCAUCGCUCGCACCGGCCGCAUCAACCUCACACGCCGCGAGAUCAACAUGCAAAUUGGCGAGCUGUUCAUCUUGCGCAUCAACAUCCAUCUACAGGGCUCGGUGCUCGAUGCUCCCGAGCUGAUGUGGGCCGAGCCGCAAUUGGAACCCGUGUACCAAGCUGUGCGCAGCUAUUUGGAGAUGGACCAGAGGGUCUCGCUUUUGCAGGAGCGGGUGGGCGUGAUUGCGGAUUUGCUGGCGGUGUUGAAAGAUCAACUCUCUCAUACACAUGGGGAGUACCUUGAAUGGAUCGUCAUUGUCCUCAUUGCAGCGGAGAUUCUCGUGGCCGCCAUCAACAUCGUGGUCGACCUGUACGCUGGCGUGGAUUGAGAGCAAUAAGACCCGAGGGCUGGACUUGUAAACAUGGAAGGGACAUGCCACGCAUGACGACAUACAGUGUCUUCCGUGAACGUCUUCUUUACCCGCACCCGAUGGCAGACGUAGAGAUGACAGUAGCCAAGGCGUGGAAGGCUCACCCGACACAGCGACGAACAUCCACUUGGCAGAGUCCAGGGAAUUCACAAAAGGUCUGGGUCGCUUGACAUAUAUUAGCGAAUCCAACAGGGAACAUUCAGGCUUUUCGCCACUGCAAUGUCGUCGUUGUUUCAACCAGGCGAGGCGUGACGUUCAGCAACCGCCUUCUAUCGGGCAAAUCGGAGCCGGGUGGCGCACGUGGCUUCGUGAGCCGACGUGCGAGCGCAUGGAACCGGCGCGUCAUGUCGUCGAACGUGUGAACCGCUUAGGGGAUUAUCCGCCUUGGAGAGUGCGCGAUGUCGAUGAGGCGGCGCUGUGGGUUGGAAAUUAGAGUUCAGGCC